CACAAGAGAGUUACCGUCAUGGCGGCGUUAUUACAAAAAUAUGAGUUGCUUUUCGGCGUUUGAAAGACCUUAAAACUAAAACCACAGAUGAGAAAAUGAAUAGUGACAAGAAAAUAACCAAGGAAGACACAUGGAAACCAGCUGACCUGAGAAAACACAUCAGGGAGGGAGGACAAAGUGAUGACUACGUCAGGAGGCGAGAUGACAAUGAGAGAAAGCACCGUGGUGGGGAAUCCAUAGAGAGACCCCGCAGAGACCCAGACAAGGAGUCCAGACAAGAGAGAGACAAGCCAAGGAACAGUACAAGGGAGAGAAGAGAUGAAGCUGAAAAAGACAGAUAUGCAGAUCGACGGAAAGAGGGGUCACGGGAUAGGAGAGGCGAUAAGGAAAGGGAUAAAAGAGAAGACAGGGACAAGGACAAGGAGAAGAGAAGGGAAAGAGACAAGUUGGUAGACGGAAAGAGCUACGACGAUGAUAACAAGAGGCGAGAAAGGGAGAAGGACAAGGAAAGACACAGAGAUAAGGAAAAAGAGAGGGAGAGGGAUAGAGAGAGACGCAAUGAGGAGGGCAAGGACAAAAGGAGGGAAGAGAGAGACAAGGAAAGACGAAGAGAAGAACGGGACAGAGAGCCCAGGACAGAGAGGGAGCGACGGAGACAUGAGGAAAGUGGAGAAAGAGAUCGUAGGGAAAAGCACGAAAGAGAGAAAAGAGAUCGUCAUCGAGAGAGAGAGCGACACAAAGAUGAACAUGAAGACAAGAAGAAUGACACAGAAAGGCGAGAGAGACAUGGAGACAGAGAGCAUUUGGAAGUGAAGGAGGAAAGAGAGCACAAAGAAGAACAGAGAAGACAUAGAGAGGAGAGAGAAAGGAGACACAAAGAGAGAGCAUAUAAUGAUGAAAAGCGGAAGCAUGACAGCAAAUCGAGGGAGAAUCGAGACGUGAAGGGGUCAGGGGAAGAGGUCGGGCAUUAUCGCGGUGACAGAGAGCGAGAGGAAGGGGACAAAAACAAAGAAAGAAAGCGCAUAGAGGAGGAGGAACCGGAAAGAAAUCAUCACAGAGACACGACCAGCUCCAAGAAAUCGGCGUCUGACAAAAGUCAUAAGCAUGAGACUAAAACUGAGGUUGCCAAUGACGAAGAUUUGGCUGAAUACGAAGAUGACUUUGAGAAACUGGAUUAUGAGGAGGAUUUUGAGGAGUUGGAUGAGAGCGCAAAUGAAGAUGAGAACGGGAAGGAGCCACAGUAUCCAGAGGUGGGUGAAGAGAGGGAGGAGCUCACGGCCCAAAGGAGAAAGGAAAUUGAAGCUAUUCAGAGAGCCAUGGAUGAAGAGAACGAGAGAGUCGGAACUGCUCAAUCCAGAGAAAUGACCAUCAGAGACGAGGAAGAAAGUCCUAAACUGUCCAAAGGAUCAGAAAAGAACCAGAGUAGAGACUCCCAACGCGGGAAGUUUAUCGACUUUGUCGCCGCAAAGCAGCGUGAAGUCAGCAAGAAAGUUGCCACAAAACAGAAGAAACGCAGUACAGAGCUUCUACGCUUAAUUGAUCUGGAUUUCUCCAUGACAGUGUCCCUUUUGGAUCUGCCACCUGUGAAUGAAUAUGACAUGUAUAUCAGAACCUUUGGAACCGCAAACACGAAGCAGGCAUACGUGCAGUGUAAUGAGGACAAUGCAGACAGAGACAUCCAGACAGAGGAGAUAGAGGUGUGUGAGAAGUGGACGCAGCAUCCUCCGGAGCACAAAGGAGCCUGUGGGGAUCCAAACCUCUCCCGGGAAGCGCCAGACAGAAGUGACAUUAACUUUGAUUCCCAGCGCCUGACAGCGUUUCUGCGCUCAGCCUCUCAGGUCAUGGUUGUGCUGUUGGAAGAGGAUGGAGCUGAGAGGAAAUCCCUGAGGAAGCAGAGGUCUCAAGCAGACACGCUGUCUUUCAGCGAUGGAAGUUUACAGCUCAACACUAAGUUGCCUUUUCUUAUUGGUCGCCGCAUCAGCCUGCUGCACUUCUCUGAGGUCCAGAGGCACACCAUGAUGUCAGUCCACAGCCCUACAACGAAGCCCAGUGCCGUGCGUCUUGACAGCUGCACCGUUAUCUGCAUCUGGAACAUUUGGGAGCCGUCCAGACCUCAAAAAGUCCUUAUCUACGAAUCUGAGGUGCAGUGUUGUUGCUUCAGCCCUGGAAAGGCCAUAUUGGUGUUUGCAGGAACAUCAGUGGGCUCUGUGGUGCUGUGGGACCUGAGGGAGCACACGAGUGAACAUUACCGCUUGAAGAUCGGAGAGGAUGAGUGGACCUUCCGACAGCCUACCUUCUCCACUGAUGCAGUGAUGGCCGCCUCGGGCCAUUUCUCAUCUGUGACGUCUGUAGAAGCCGUCCCCUCCACCGUAGCCGGGGGGCUUAGACCAGAGGUCCCUCUUUUAGCAUCUGAGGAAGAGUCGUCGGGGUUGUCAUUCCAGCUGGCUUCUUUGGAUGAAUUUGGGGUUUUAAAUUUCUGGGUGGUAGUGGAACUCCCAAAAGCCAACGAGGCCGGCUCUCCCACAGAUCUAGGGCUCAGGCCCGGGGGCAAAGUAAAGUUACUUCACAGCUCCCACCUCCUCACUGCUGAGAGGGUAUCACAACGAGAUGCAGCGAAAACAGGGCCGUUACAGACGCUUCUCUUAAAAUUCCUUCCAACAGACUCCAAUCACUUCUUUAUCGGCACCAGUAUGGGUCUGGUCAAUCAUGGAACGAGUCAUGGUUUGAAGGCUCCGCCAAAGUUUUACAGGUUUCAGGAGGCCGGAGUCCAACCUGUCGAUGUCACAUCAAUCCACUUUUCUCCCUUCAGGAAACACUUGUUCUUGGUGGGUUGUGGGGAUGGCAGCAUCAGGCUGCACGCAGUAAGUCACGAGCAGCCUGUGGCAGAGUGGAGGAACGGUACAGCUGGUGAACCGGUGGUCUCACUGCAGUGGGCUCAAACCAGACCCACAGUCUUCUGUGUGCUCGAUGCAGCCUCUAACCUCCACAUAUGGGACCUGCUGAAAAAUGACGCAGAGCCUGUGGCCACCGAAAGGAUGGAUUCUGACAGGGUGACAGCCAUGUCAGUGUUUGGAGACUCAGGACAACAGAACACAUAUUCAGGAAUAGCACUGUCACACGAGUCAGGAAAGAUAGAAAUGCAGUAUUUCACAAGAGGUUUUACGGUGUCCGAUGCUGCAGUGGAGGAGAAGUUGGAGAGUAUGAUGACCGAAGCCUUCUGAAACACCGCAUCUUGUGUGGCUGCAUUUAGGCAGAUGUGUUUGUGUUAAUUCCAAUGAUUUACUGCAUUUUAAAACUCUGGAAGAGCGUAAAGAUCAAUCUGUUUUUGUUUGAUAAUUUAACAUGAAUGUGGCUGAAUACCAACGAUCCUUUACAGGGACAGAAUAUCAUUUAAUUAUCUUCAUUAAUACAUUAUAAAAAUAUAUAUAAUUUAAAUGUUUGUUGAUGUAAAUAUUUCUACUGUUUGAUUAUUGUAAAAUAUUUUUAUACAAUAAACCUACAAUAUCUGUAGUUAUUUACUCCUAUGGGAAUAUAUAUUUUUGUGUUAUUCAAUUUUGAAAUGCUCCUGCCUAAUCACGGUUGAAGUACAAUAUGUUUAACCAGGACCAUAGCCAAGAUUUUAGAAAUUCAACCAAACCCAAAAAAACAAAAGAAAUUGUUUCAUAUUUUGUCAUCUUUAACAUUUGAUUUAUUUAACAUUUCAGUUGCCUCUAAAUUGUAUUUUCCAACAUGAUGCUAUUUGUUCUGUGAAAACUGUAUCUUCAAAUGAUGAGCUACUAAAAACAGCCUUUGUUUACAUCUUAAAUGUGGAUAAUCUUAUAGUCGUUUUUUAAUAAAGGGACAUUUUUUUAAAUCUGAAAAGUUCAUUUAAAAAAAAGAAUGUCCCCAAAUUUGGUU